ACUCACAUCGAACCUCAUUGGUCUAUAUCGCUGACGUGGAUGUUCGGAGUACUUGUGCUGUGCUAAUGGCUAAAUAUGUAAUAUUUGUGUGGUAUGAGUAUGGCAGUGAAAGUGGUCAACCUUGGAUUUUACGAAGUUGAUAAAAAAACGCACCUGAUCAUUUGACUGUCAAAAGAAAAUGAAAUAGAAACGUCUAUGUUUCAAGAACCGAUUGUUGCAACGAUAUUUAAUGCAGUACUGGUUUUUACCUGCAUUACGUUUUUUUUAACCUUGCCAGUCAGCUAGCAGUUAUUAAGAGCGGAACUCAGUACAUCGCGCGUAAAGAGCUGGUUCGGUCUCCGCCGGGAAGCAUGAGUAUUAUAUUCCAAGAGCAGCGCGGCGGACGAAGGGUGGCGCUGCUUACCCUAUGCAUCCUUUUGGUUCGCCUGGCCUCAGCCAACUACGAAAAAGCUGUCUCUGCACUAACUGUGGUGGAAUCCGUCAACGGGGAUGAGGAAGCUCACGUCGAUGAUGAGGUGGACUCUGAAGAUGUUGAGGUGUUCCAGCCAACCAGCCAGUGGCAGACUCUGAGACCAGGCCAGGCAGUUCCUGCCGGAUCUCAUGUUAGGUUGAACUUGCAGACGGGACACAGAGAGGCCAAACUGGGUGAAGAGGUCUUGAAGUACUGGAGUGAUGGAAAAAGGCAGGGCAUUGUCAACACCAAGGCAUCAAGCUUCACAGCUGAGGAGCUGAAGAAGGCCUUGAAGAAGUUGAAGGAAGAAGGUGUGGAGUCGCUCCGCCAGGACUCCCAGAAGGAGGCUGAGCUCAAGUCUCAGUUUCGUCCACUAGAAGAGCUGAAGAAGGACAUGGCUCAGCUGGACCUGCUGGUCGAGACGGACUUCCAGGUGAUGAGCCGGCUUGUGGCACAAUUGAACCGCUCCGUCGCCACUGUGGAGGAGCGGGUCGCGGCGCUGCUGGACCUCGAGUAUCUGGUGCAUCAGGUGGACAAUGCCCGUGACUUGGUGUCCAUGGGAGGCAUGAAGCUGGUGAUAGACACCCUGAAUGGCACGGAUUUUCAGCUGCAGGAGAACGCGGCUUUUGUCUUGGGCUCCGCCGUGUCUAGUAAUCCACAGGUCCAGGUGAGUGCAGUGGAAGCCGGGGCUUUACAGAUGCUGGUGACCCUUCUGGCCACAGACCGGCCAAUCAGUGUCAAGAAGAAGGUGCUGUUUGCCAUCAGCUCGUUGCUGAGGAACUUCCCCUAUGCUCAGAACCAUUUCCUGAAGCUGGGUGGUGUGCAAGCCCUGGGGGACCAGUUCCGAGCCCCGGGGAGCGAGGGCCUGCGCGUGCGCAUGGUCACGCUGCUUUACGACAUGAUCGUAGAGAAGGAGCUGGUCUCUCAGGCCGGCCUGGACGCCAUCCCGGACUCCACCCACCAGGAGCGGCUCCGUCAGUAUAACCAGGUGUCCUUGCUGCCCCUGUUGGCCGAGCAGGGCUGGUGCGGCCUGGUGCCCCAGCUGCUGCUGGCCCCAGAGCAUGAUUGGAGGGAGAAGGCACUGCGUACUCUGCUGGCCAUGUCGUCCCACUGCGGGCCUGCGUACCGCCAGGACCCUGGGCUGGGUCACACACUCAGCGCCCUCCGGCAGCAGUACCAGGAGCUGGCACUCAGCGAGGAGGGACUGGCCGAGGAGGAUUGGUACUUCAGGGAGAUCCUGGAGCUGCUGGACUCCGCACUUCUCAAAAUACACUGAAGCUGGGGGAGGAUAAUAAAGACUGUGUUUGCUGGAUGGAUCUGAUCCUGGGUCAGUUCUGUACAUUCUCUCCUGCACCUUUCAGAAGCUGGGAAGUAGGGUGGUCCAGGACACCGUCAUUUGGCUCUUGUUCUGUUUCCAUGGUCAUUGCUUCUCAAACAAGCUUUUCCACACUUGUGUUUACAGGAUGAUGAUCAAAUGUUGGCCUAUGGUUUCCAUCUUGCUGUAUGACGCAUCGGUAAAUGUUGAACAGUGAAGUUCCUUGCUCCUGCCCCAUUCGUCACUGUUAUUUCUGAAAUAAUUUAAACAUUAUUUACGAUGAGGGAGUACGAAGGCCGGUUCAGCUCAGCCCUGCGUCGAGGAAUUCUGUGAUCUAAAACCUCAGAACAUGAUCUACAUCUGUGUCUUUCACAUCUUUUAGUCAAUUUGGUUCAUCCUUGUAGUGCCUUAAGCACCGAUCUUAAAGAAUCUGGGAAGUUGGCAUUUCACAGUAUUUCCAAAGCUGAUGCUGCAGUAACACGUAAGAUGCAACAACUGAAAAACUAGUAUAGACUUCUCCUUAUUCAUAUUUUAAUGUGUCAAAAAUUGUUCAGCCCUACUCCAGAGUUUGAGAGUUGGGGAAAAAAAAGCUUUAGGGCCCACAAUGAGCUCUCUGGCCAUACCCAACGGGCAAGCUGACACUGAUCCAGUCCGGAAGUAGCGUAUGAUUCUCUGUAGCUCGGUCUUCCAUCAUGUUGUUUGUGGCUGAGCGUCCUGCAGUCUUCCAUCCUCUACUGACUAGCAACUCCACCCGUGCUAUACUGUGCGAUACAAGGAGUCAGGACGGAUUCUGAUACGUUGCCCACAAAAGCGAAGAGGAGCUAUGUGCUUGUACAGUAACACCAGCAGCCUUAUGCAUGGCAGGCUAAGCUACAGUAAUGUGGCUUGAGUCUGAAUAGUGAGACCGAUUGGGCAUCCCUCACAUAUGCUAGCAGAUUGUUCGCUAAGCUAGGGGCCCCGUGACUUAAAGCUGUCUCCAACAGUCUUUUUAUUUAUGUGAGAAACUACAAGAAGGCCUCUAUUCUCUGAUCUCAGUCAACGUUCUGGAUCACACGCUUUUGGGCAGAUGGGUUAGAUAAGCAGGAGUCGCACCCCUGUAAGAAUUUUGCCGUCCUGUACUGAACAGGAAACCAGGGGAGAGAUAUCAGGAUAUCAGUAAUACUGUCAUUUAGAUAUUGAGAAACACGCCGUUUGGCGAUUGCGCCAUUGUGAGAGCAUCAUCAAAGUGUACUUACACAAACUUAGAUGGUAUAGCCGAAGCCAUGACAAAAAUGUACAGUAUAGGCCUAUUGUGUACAUAAAACAGUAACGUGUUGUAGGUAUUUAUUAUUAUCAUCAUGUAUUAUGCACUGCUCAUAACUGCAUGUGCUAUACUUUUAAACAACUGGCAGCGCAGUAGGUUUGUUUACACCAGUAUCACCACAAACACGUGAGAAAUGCGUUGUGCUACGACGUUAUAACGGCCUCGACGUCACUAGGCGAUAGGAAUUGUUCAGUUCCAUUAUAAUCUUAUCGUCGGAUAUGCAGUUCAUCGCUGACCGAAACAUCAUUAUGUGACGCAACUGUAUACAUGGGCGUAAAUUACGGGGGGGAGGAGGAUGGAGAGGGGUUGUAGUCCCCCCAAUAAAUCAAAACCAGCUAAUACAACCGCCCCAAAAAUCAUGUUUCUCCCGUAAUGGGUGGAGACCUCAACCCCCCGAUGUUCCCGCCAAAGUUACGCCCUUGCCUGUAUAUCUGUAAUUGGCUCAGUGGUAAACAAAUGAUAAGUGCUAUUUUCGCUUUUCUCCUUUUUUGUACAUGUGAAAAUCCUCUUCAGAUUUGUUUUAAUUAGCGAAAGCGGGUGCUAAUGUAGGUCUUUCGUAAAAGCAAAGCGGCGUGAAGCGGGGUUACCUGUAUUUGGGUAAUUAUGAAUGUACGGCCAUUUGGUAAAAGAAACGUAUUUGUGUGUUAGCUCAUGGAUGGAAGUCAAUUUUAUGCAGCCCAAAGAGAGAGAAAAAUAAAGGUCCCAGUAUUGAUCCCUGCAGGACAUUU